UUUGCCGAACUAUUUAAUAGCAAUAUUAUCACUCAUAAAAAAACAUGAAAAAAUGGUCAGUUUAAACGAAGUAAUCCGUUGAUGGAAUCGCUUUAGCAUCGUCGCAGCUCCAACCUUCCGAUUUCCACACCACCAUCAACGCCAACGCAAUAUUAACGUGUUUAUCCGUACGAUCGAGGGCGGAAAUGAAGAGCAGGAACCGCGGGAAAGUGUCUAUGCGAUGGAUUAUGGUCCUCUGCCUUAUCAGCUUUGGCCUCGGCAUUCUCUUUAGCAACAGAAUGUGGAUUGAUUUGCAAUUAGAAGAUGGAUUUCUUUUCACAAGACGACGUUUGGGUGAAUUUGAGGCUACUUUGGAUGACUGUGUCUCUGAUAAGGUAAAACUAAUUCCUGAUGAGGAAGUGAUCAAAGAGUUCAGCAAAGCACAUGAAGCAAUACAAUCUUUGGAUUCUUCUGUUGCCAAGCUACGUAUGGAGCUUCCGUCCAACAAGAAACAUCGCAAACUGGGAAAUUUUGAGAAUUUAAAUGGUAAUUCCACAUUUGCUGGAAAUGCUGUGUUGAGAAAAAAGGUGUUUAUGGUCAUAGGUAUAAACACAGCAUUCAGCGGCAGAAGGAGACGUGAUUCUAUCAGAGAAACAUGGAUGCCUAGAGGUAAAAGUCUGUUACAACUUGAAGCAGAGAAGGGUAUCGUGGUUCGUUUCAUGAUUGGUCACAGUGCAACAUCCAACAGUAUUUUGGACCGUGCACUCGACUCUGAGGAGGGCCAGCACUAUGACUUUAUUAGGCUUAAUCAUGUUGAAGGGUAUCAUGAGUUAUCAGCAAAGACAAAAUCAUUCUUCGCUGCUGCUGUAGAAAGAUGGGAUGCUGAGUUCUUUGUCAAAGUGGAUGAUGAUGUUCAUGUCAAUUUGGGCACAUUAGCUGCAACGCUAGCACGGCAUCGCUCCAAACCCAGAGUAUAUAUAGGAUGCAUGAAGUCGGGACCAGUUCUUCAUCAAAAGAAUCUAAAGUACCAUGAGCCCGAGCACUGGAAGUUCGGGGAUCAAGGGAACAAGUACUUUCGACACGCUACUGGACAGAUAUAUGCCAUAUCAAGGGAUCUGGCUAAAUAUGUGUCAGUCAACCAACAAAUCCUGCACAAGUAUGCUAAUGAAGACGUGUCGCUUGGAGCAUGGUUUAUCGGUCUUGAAGUCGAGCAUGUAGACGAUCGCAGCAUGUGCUGUGGGACUCCACCCGACUGUGAACAAAAAGCACAGGCGGGCAAUGUUUGUGUAGCGUCGUUCGACUGGAGCUGCAGUGGCAUUUGCAAAUCCGUGGAGAGAAUCAAGGGAGUUCACUCUAUUUGUGCUGAAGAUGCUUCCACUCUUUGGAAUGCGCUCGUCUAAGCAAACCUCGUAAAUUCGAAAACACUCACAAGCAGGAAAGCUUGAUGACGGAAACGUACAUAUAUGAAGCAAUGUUCAAAGCUGAAACGACGAAUUGGGAGGAUUGAGAAAGAAGAUGAAUAAGGUAUUUUGAAAUGCAAUUACUUUUCCGAUUGCUGCUUCUUGUUUCUUGUACUAGCGUGUAUACACUAACUAAUAAACAAUUUUCCAAUAAAUGAAUAUCUUCCAAAAA